AUGUCCGCUUUUUUCAUGAGGAAAAUAGCGAUCGAAGUGCUGGAAGGUUGGUUGGUCAAAUCGCGGGAUCACGGGUUACGGCUACCACUUUUGAAGUCAAAAUGGGUACGCCGUUAUUUCGUGCUUCGGUGUUCCGGCAACGGGAAUUUUUUGGAUGAAUAUCGGGCAGAAGAUAGGAAACGACUACGGAAGUCGCUGGAUUUGGCGGACUGUGUACAAGUGGAUUCAUACCUACAAAUUACAAGCCCCUCAUGCACGGCCACGCGCGGCAACGAUCUACAGUGGAUUUUCUCGCUGCACCUCCACAAGAAGGAGGGUGAGAAGAACGCGGAGAUGUACUUCUGUUCCGAGAGCGAACAGGAGAUGCUGGAAUGGGUGACAGCCAUCUGCCGCGCGUGCCAACUCGAGAAGCAAGAAACAAUUGAGAAGGAGCUGGCUGAAGAAAAGGAUAUUGCUAUGCCGCUUCGUUCAAAAGUGAAUGAGAGGGGGAUGCGGUCAGAUGCGUCUCUACUUUCAUCCUCGUUGGCCGGAAUUUCGAUGUCAUCAAAUAUUUCUACCGGCGAAUCGGCAAAUAAUUUGGAAGAAUCGAGCAAACACAAUCGUGACUACGGGCACAUCAAUCGCUUCCACUCGAGAAGAGGACCUCGAAACGGUCAGCAGAGCGCUCCCGAAAAUCGCGAUCCCCGUUGGCGUAACGAUGGCUCAUCAGCCUGCAGCAGCGUUUCGAGUAGCCGGAGAAGUCUGACUGAGGAUGAAGGUACGAGCAGUUGUGUUAGCAGCUCUCCCUCCAACGGCAAAGUACUGAUGGAGAACCAGCGUUUCGGAUUCUCCAGUAGCCUCACCCACCCAGAGCCUACCCGAAUUCAGAGGUCCACAAACAACAGCUUCAGCUCCCAGGAUAUAAAGCCUAGUAUGCGACUCUACCACAAUAAUCCACUCAUCAAUCGGGCUGGCCAUCGUGACAACGAUAGCAGCGGAGAAACAAUCAAAAUAAUCGGAAUUAAACGUGAAGAUACCGGCUCGACAUCAACAUCUAGCGCACCGAAGAAUUAUAUAAAUGCUGAUCUGUCUCCAUACGGUGGAGCACCGCCAGUCGACCGUUCGAGCAAGCCAUCAAGGAUUUACAUCAAUUCUGAUGAGGAGAGCGGAUCAUUGUUUGGUAGUGGCAGAAAAAUCCCAAGCACAAACAUGGGACCGAAACGAAGUCGUGGUGGUUAUCCAGAUGCACCGAAGUCAGCGGGCUAUAUGCAGAGCCAGCUGGAAUACUUCGAACCUCCCCCGACGAGGACGUAUCGUCGAGAAACAUUCUCUCAUCAGCCACAAAGACCCGAGCCCGUUGACAAGGAUUAUAUCCAGAUUGAUGCCCAGCGGACCCAGGCUAUCAAGCAGCUACGGGCCCAACGAGAACCCAGGGAUUUU